AUGGACACUCAUGGACGUGUCAUCCGACCGGACCAGCCCGAUGCUGAUAUCAUACCGCUUGAGGUUGGUGGGGACAUGACCGUUGAACUUCUCAAAGCAAUCGUCGAGAGCGAAACUUCCGUUCCCCCUAGUGCCCAACGAAUCGUCUACAAUAACCAGCUGCUUGGAGAUGACGCAAUUACCCUCGAUCGCGCUGGAAUCGGCGAAGGGGACAUGUUGGGUGUCCAUGUUACGCUGCGGAGUUCUCAGGCGCCCGCUCGCACUGCCGGGGGUCCUAGCGCUGCAGCAGCACAACAGAACAUCCAACGGCGUCAGGCGAUGACCCCUGAUCCCGAGACCAUCCGGUUACACAUUCUGGGCGACCCUCGAGUGCACGAAGCUGUUCGACGGCAGAACCCGGAAUUAGCAGAUGCAGCCGGUGAUGCCCAGCGGUUCCGUGAGGUGCUCCUCAACCAACAACAGCGGGAGGCUCAGGUAGAGGCUGAGAAGGAGGCCCGGAUUGCAAUGCUGAAUGCAGAUCCGUUCAACCCUGAAAACCAGCGGGCGAUUGAGGAGAUCAUUCGUCAGAAUGCGGUGACAGAGAACCUCCAUAAUGCCAUGGAGCAUCAUCCCGAAUGUAUCGUUCGGUCGCGUGACCAUGUUGUACAUACCCGUCGAAGUCAACGGCCACAAACUCAACGCGUUCGUCGAUUCGGGUGCCCAAGUUACCAUCAUGUCCCCCGAAUGUGCGACCAAGUGUAA